GUCACAUUAGCGUGACAAUCAUCUUUGUCAGUGAACAAAAUGGCGUCUUACUGUUUGACUGUCACUAGACUUCGGCUGGCCCUUGGGACUGGGGCAAGGCGAUUUCAUGUCUCCGCAGCCCUCAGUGCCCAGGCCAAGGUGGCUAUGAGCCGCUUUGAGCCCACCUCCAGCAUUAACUAUGGGAAGAUGCAUGAGAACAUCAACACUGUACGCAGGAGGCUUGGCAGGCCUCUCACUCUGUCGGAGAAGAUCGUGUAUGGUCACUUGGAUGACCCAGCAGGACAGGAGAUUGAUCGCGGCCGCACCUAUCUGCGCCUGCGCCCAGACCGCGUGGCCAUGCAGGAUGCUACUGCUCAGAUGGCAAUGCUUCAGUUCAUCAGCAGUGGCCUGCCCAAGGUGGCGGUUCCCUCCACCAUCCACUGUGAUCAUCUCAUUGAGGCACAGAUCGGAGGGGCUCAGGACCUGGAGAGGGCUAAGCAAAUGAACGAGGAAGUGUACAACUUUCUUUCAACAGCUGCUGCCAAAUAUGGAGUUGGCUUCUGGAAGCCAGGAUCAGGAAUCAUCCAUCAGAUCAUUCUGGAGAACUACGCCUAUCCUGGAGUGAUGCUGAUUGGUACAGACUCCCACACUCCCAAUGGCGGUGGCCUGGGUGCAAUCUGUAUUGGAGUGGGUGGAGCUGAUGCCGUUGAUGUCAUGGCUGGAAUCCCUUGGGAGCUCAAGUGUCCCAAAGUGAUUGGAGUGAGGCUGACAGGAGCCUUGUCGGGCUGGACCUCUCCGAAGGAUGUCAUCCUGAAGGUGGCUGGCAUCCUGACUGUGAAGGGUGGCACUGGAGCCAUUGUGGAGUAUCAUGGGCCUGGAGUUGACUCCAUCUCUUGUACUGGAAUGGCCACUAUCUGUAACAUGGGUGCUGAGAUUGGAGCCACUACAUCCGUGUUCCCCUACAACCACCGUAUGAGAACAUACCUGGAGAAGACUGGGCGUGGAGAGAUUGCAUCUGAGGCUGAACAGUUCAAAGAUGACCUGGUCCCAGAUAAGGGCUGUGAAUACGAUCAGAUCAUUGAGAUUAAUCUGAGUGAGCUGAAGCCCCACAUCAACGGGCCGUUCACCCCAGACCUGGCCCACCCUGUGUCUGAUAUCGGGGCUAUAGCUAAGAAGAGCGGCUGGCCCCUGGAGGUUAAAGUUGGUCUGAUUGGCAGCUGCACCAACUCGAGUUACGAGGACAUGGGCAGAGCAGCCUCUCUGGCCAAGCAGGCUCUGGAUAAAGGUCUGAAGUGCAAGGCCCAGUUCACAGUCACUCCUGGGUCUGAACAGAUCCGUGCCACUAUUGAGAGGGAUGGAUAUGCCAAGAUCCUGAGUGAUGUUGGGGGAAUCGUAUUGGCCAAUGCUUGUGGGCCCUGCAUCGGCCAGUGGGACAGGAAGGAUGUGAAGAAAGGAGAGAAGAAUACUAUUGUCACAUCCUUCAACAGAAACUUUACUGCCAGGAAUGAUGCUAACCCAGCUACUCAUGCUUUCGUCACCUCUCCUGAGAUUGUCACUGCCCUGGCCAUCGCUGGGACCCUCAAUUUUAACCCAGAGACUGACUACCUGACUGCUCCUAAUGGAGAGAAGUUCAAGCUGGAACCCCCUACUGGUGAUGAGCUGCCCUCCAGAGACUUCGACCCCGGCCAGGACACCUACCAGCACCCCCCAGGAGAAGGCAGCUCAGUCGAGGUGAACGUGAGCCCCUCCAGCAACCGUCUGCAGUUGCUGGAGCCUUUCGACAAGUGGCAUGGAAAAGACCUGGAGGAAAUGAGAAUCCUCAUCAAGGUGAAGGGAAAAUGCACCACUGACCACAUCAGUGCUGCAGGGCCUUGGCUGAAAUUCCGUGGCCACCUUGACAACAUCUCCAACAAUAUGCUGAUUGGUGCAGUCAACAGUGAGAAUGAUGCCGUCAACAAGGUCAAGAACCAGCUGACAGGAGAGUACGAAGGGGUACCUGAUGUGGCCCGCCACUACAAGGCCAAUGGAGUGAACUGGGUAGUGGUUGGAGAUGAGAACUAUGGAGAGGGGUCCAGCAGAGAGCAUGCUGCCCUGGAGCCACGACACCUUGGAGGACGUGCCAUCAUCGUCAAGAGCUUUGCCAGAAUCCACGAGACUAACCUGAAGAAGCAGGGCCUGCUGCCUCUGACUUUUGUUGACCCCCACGACUAUGACAAAAUUCGCCCUGAUGACAAAAUUUCAAUCACUGGGCUGAAAUCCUUUGCUCCGGGCAAGCCUCUGACAGCAGUGAUCAAGCACAGCGACGGCAGCAAGGACUCCAUCUCUCUCAACCACACCUUCAAUGAAACACAGAUCGAGUGGUUCCAGGCAGGCUCUGCCCUCAACAGGAUGAAGGAGCUGCAGUAAUUAGUGGGAGAGGAGGUUCAGGAAGGGAGAAAUGUGGGCCUAGAGAGGGGCUUAGCAAAGAGGAAGAGAUGAGAGAUGUGAACAAUAGAUGGUAACAGUUUGGUGUUAAUGUUGGUUUAGGGACAGCUGUAGUUAUGCUCAGUGAAUCAAAGAACAUACACUGUCACAAACACACACGCAAUGUCGCUGUACAGAUGAAAAGCGCACACACCCACACCCAAACACGAGCAUGUCCUCAUACAGACAGGAUUACUGUGAAAGCAGUCUCAGUCAACAGGCAGAAUUAUUGCACACAAAUGCACUCAACCAAGCAAACAUAACCGCAGCUUAGCAGCGUGGGUCUCCGUUAAAGGCAGCACCGUUCCUAGUGGCAGCACUCCGCGGUUUAAAAUCAGAUCUGUCUGUCUUAUUCAUUCACUGAGUGUAACCCCAAUGGAUGGGGUGAUAUUUUGCUAAUUUUGUGAGAGAUUGGUAACACUGCUGUAAUUCUCAAAAGAAGUUGCUUGCUCUCACCAAAGGUUGUUCCAACACCCCCCCCCCCCCCAACAGAAGCAGCACUGACAUAAAACAUUACUCAUUAUCCAUCACACUGUAUACCGUCUUUAAUGACCGUAUCUAGCAGUACACAAACCCAAUUCAGACUAUGACAAGCAUAGCUUCCUUAUUCCUACCUGCUAAAUCCACUCUAGACCAUUUCCGUUCUCCUCAUUAAUGUUCCAUCCAAACAGCUCAAUAAGCAUAGCAAGUUGUUUAACUCACAUGAAUGUACUUUUUCUUCAUUUUGUCCAAAUCUGUCACCUGAAGGUUUUUUUUCUAUAAUUACAUUUCACUUAAUUCAGCAGUCAUGAACUUCAGCACUUAUCCUUCAUUGUACUGGGCUGCUUGGUUUGAUACUCCCUGAUGCCAUGAUUAACUUGAACAAAUGUUUCCAAUUGUAGAUUGGACCCACGUGGUAAACAAACUACCACACUCACUUAUUUACUGUAAGUGGCAUCACUGACAUGCUGUCAGCCCCCCACACUGUCACAGUACAAGUGCAGAUCGAUCUCACUCUGACAUCUUGUGUUUUUGUGCUGCUGCUGUUGCACUUUUCUUUUGAGUUGAGCCAGUCUGUAGUUCACUGCGGUACCUUUCAGCUAACAUGUGAAGCUGAGUUCACCCCCUGCUGCUCUUCCAAUACUUGCUUGCUCCUUUUCUGUCUUUUCGCAUGAUAUGACACCCUAUUGUGAGAAAUUUUUUGUGUGUGAUUGUCUCUGACUAGGACAACAAACCACAACACAUACUGCGAUUGUGUUAGCACUGGUCUUGCCAUUUUUUUCUUUCCAUCUGUGUUUUGUCCACUGUGUGUGUGUGUUUAUGUUUAUGUGGUGCAUCGUUGUUCUUAUCGGGUUAACAUCGGUUUGUGUUUGCUCAUCCUGUCUCUCCUGUCUCUGAGAGGAACGUGCAGCUUAACAGUGUCAUAAAACGGCCGUGAUCGUGCUCUGUCCAGAAGAAGCUCUGUAGUUUUGUAGUAGCAAAUCCCCUGAAAUGGAGCUUCACAAAUCAGUUAGUUGUCCAGUUUGGAUGUUAUGUUAUAUUUCUCUGUCUGUCUAAGUCAGUAAGAGUUUUUUUUAUAGUUCCUUUUCACUUCGUUUGGAGAUACCAGUGUGUGGAAUUGUAACUGUAAUGUUGAGGUUGAGGUUUGGUCCGCCAUAACAGGAGAUGGGCUUCUGUCUUCUUAAACAAACAUGCGCACAAUCUAGUGUCCAGGUGCCUGUACACUAGCACUUUGUAGAGUUAGGAAUGUAGUUUUAGGUGUGCUUAGCCACGCUCCCUUCAUCCUUUGCAAAGAUUUUUCUCUUCAGCAUACAUCUCUGUUGUGUGUGACUAUUGGACUACAUACAGCUUGUAAUAUUAAUUUACUGAUACACACGUUUUCAGACAUUAGAAAAUUUUGAUUCUAGAUCAUCUUGACUGUCACAGUCUUCCCAUGAUGUAUACCUAGUUUGUGCUACUGAAACAGUGUGGUUACAUAUUUUCACAGAUUUAGGGAUGUUUGAGGUCGUUGCUUCUAUGUUUUAUAUGGGAGAACUCUUGGUCCCCUGUGCUGAAUUCUCAUCAUCAUCCUGAAAGUCUACAAAUCCGUCAGGCAGUAAAAACACUUAACCAAAUAAUUACAGUUUCUGAGGUGAAUCCCUGUGUGCUAAAAAGUCAGGAGUUUGUUUCUGUGUGUAAAUGAUACAAAGUACAGAGUAUCUGCAAUUUGUAUAGAGGUGCGUACAUAUAUAAUGAAUCAUUAUAUGAAUAUAUAUAUAUAUAUAUAAGAGUGAGAGUAAAUAACAUUCUGUAUGCUUCCUGUCUGAAUGAGAGCUGUUCAGUCUGUGACCUCAUGUAACACAGUGUCAUCAUAAACAGUUUGUGGUCUUCAGCUUCACAGUCCAGCUGACAUGUGGAUUGCGGGUUAAUGAAAGCGCUGAUAUUUAAUUGUGGUUGUUGGUUGCUGGUGGGCUUUGAUAGUAAAAAUUGACAUGUUACUGUUGGGAAGGUGACUCUUGAUAGCUUUAUGUAUUUUUUGUAAUUCAAUGAAUUAAUUAAUUUUGGUUUUGUUCAGAUUAUCUCCAGUGGCAGAGAUGUUUUGAAAUAAGAGCAGCCCAGCUUUUAGGACUAUGACAUUAAUGACUCCAUACAGGGGUUUUCAUGUUCAGUGUCCUCUGUAAGCCCAUCAUUUUGAUGGUUAAUCACUCCUCAUCACUGUAUCAGAUUUACUGCCAGAGAUGCCUAAUGAAAAUGCUGAGAUUUGAAGAAAUGAUGGUGUUGUUUGAGAAAUGACCCAUUUUUAUGUGACCUUUCAGAGAUAUGUCUACAAUAUUUGAUUAUAUAUUGGGUGUUGAUUCCUGCAGCAUUCACCAGGAUUAGUGUUUAUUUUUAAGACAUCUUACUGAUUAAUUUGAUCAUCCUAUUUCUUUUAAAGUAGCUGUUGGUGAAGCAUUUUGCUUAUACUGUGAUACAAGUUUGUGCUUUAUUGUUCAGGCAAAGGCGCUAAUGUAAAGUAACAAAUCAAAUGAUGUUGCUCAUGGAGGCGUUGUGUGGUGGCGUGCCUGUUGUGACACUUUGUACUCAGGUGUGCUCCGUUUGGUCAGGCAUCAUCUUAUAUGUGUGAAAAUAAAAUUUUCAACAUGCUUCUUCUGUCAAAAUACAAAGAAAAAUGGAUCAUGAACCGUUGUUUUCUCAUAGUGAUGAUUUCCCUAACACUCCUGUUUCAGCAUUAAACUUGAUUUUGUAACUGUAGAUGAUAAAUUAAUAAAGAGUCAGUUCUGAAGAGGUCUUUUUUGUGUUCUUCUUUGUUUGAUGAAAUCUAUAAGAUUGAUGAUGUGAUUUGCUGAGAAUUGCUGUGUUACAGUGCAUGUACAGACAGCUGAGGCAGAGUUGGUUUCAGUCAUGGAUGCUUUGUUCCAUACAGUCUUCGCAUGUAUUCUUUGACAUUCAUUAUAAAUAUCUGUUUUUAUCUAAUACUGUCAACGUGUUAAUACAAUACUGACUGGUCACACUGUCAAAACAAUAACCGCUACUUUGUUAUAUCAACAUACUUGUUUAUGCAUCUAUUUACUAACACUAUCAUGUCAAACACCUGUUCAUACUCGUGAGUAUACAUAGACUGUGUUAAUUGUAUCAUCAUCUGUCAUACUCAUUUAAGAAAUUUCAAUGAAGCACCUUGUCAUACAAAUACUACUAGUAACUAGUGUUCAUAGUUAACUUAAAAACGCACAAAGAAAUACUGUGCCUUUUCUUACAUCAUUUAGGAACUUUAUCGAAUUAAACCAAAUCAAUAGAUAAACAACCUAAAUCUAACCAUAACCUAAAUGAAAGUAAAUAUAAUACAAUAAGAGAGAUGGCGAAUUGUUGAAAUUUUAGAGACCAAAUUGCUCGUUGUGUAAAAUUAUUCCAUAUAAUAAUAACGAUCGAGCGUUAAAAAAGCUGCACUGUACCUUUAAGCUUUACGACAUGACGUAAAACACACUGUCGUAAAUUAUCACGUGGAGGCACCAUGGAUGGUUCUGAGUUUGCCGAAGAUUACUGCAGUUCAAGUCGUUUAAUUAUACAGAUUGCGAGCAUUUGCUGAUGUUUUUCUCCACUGUGAGAAAACAGGAAAUGCUGUCCUGAA